UUGAUCAAUACACGAAUGGAGGUCAUUCAAGAUUCUCAUAUGGGUUCCACUCAUUUCCCUGUAUCCCUCUCCUUCUUAUGUACUCAAACUCCCAUUGGUCAACCCAGCCAUCCUAGACUCCUAUGGAAAUUGGCUAGACUACAAGAGCUCCCAGUUCGUCAGCUGUAUCAAGAUUUAUUUGCUAUUAAGGCUUCGCCGCUGCUUGCUGACCUUCGUGACUUA